GAACGUGAUCUGGAGCGCUCUUGUUGUUUGUUUUAUUCGUUCUCAUAUAAAAGCCCGGAGGCAACUGAUUUCAAGCUCAAAUUAUAUUCCUCGCACUCGCUGUUACCAUGAAAUUUUUGUUCGUAAGUAUCAACUGUCAAAAGAGCAAAUUGAUUAUGAAACUCGUCGUACUAUAUUUUCUACUAUUUACGAUAUCGAGCUGUGCUCCAGGAAGACUAGGUACUAUCGAUCAAUAUCUUCCAGAACUCACCGAGACCGAUGAUGAGUCGUAUACAACUACUCCGACCGAAUCGGACGAGGAAACGGAUGAUUAUACUUGGUAUUACCAUGCAGAUAAUAUUACUGACGCGACCCAGAGCGACAUAACUUUGAAAAAUUUAGUGGCUUAUAUCGAACGGAUCGCCGGACAGGACGACACUACCAAAGGACACUACGUGUACACGGACAAGGCAGGCCGUUCUGUUACCAUCGUGUACGUUGCUGGUCCUUCUUCAUCGCUUGCGGCGUACGUUGAUGCCAAAUGAAAAUUCGAUAUAUUGUCGUUGGGUUAUAUUUCGUGUUUUUUUUUCUAUCUUAACAUAGAAUAUUUUUUAUGUUUCGGAGCAUUACUUGUCAAAAUCGACGUCGAAAACUGUUCCAAAAAUGCUCAAUCGGAAACCAUUUGUCGUGCGUGGUAAUUAAAUUUGACUUUAUGACGAUUUUUACCGAAAAACAUAUUCUAUGUGCAAUAAAUAUUAUUAUAUGUAUGUAGUUGGAACGACAGAAAUAAUUAAACUUUGUUAUAUAUUUUA